AUGGCUGACAAACGUGAUGUUGAAUUAACAUUUUUGAAGAAAAUGAAUAUGGAAUAUCAAAAUUUAAAUUCUCCAAGUGAUACUGAUCAAGGUGGUAAACGUGGUCGUACACCAACUGAUGAUGAUUAUGAACGUCAUGUUACUAGAAAAGGUACUCCAAAACGUUCAAAAUCUAUUCAAAAAAAUACACGUACAUUUAUCAAUUCGAUACGUAGUGCGACAACUACAGAUAACAAUGAUUCAAAUUUAAAUUUAAGAAUGGACGAUGUGAACUUCCAAUCAAGCAACAAUAAUAAUAAGAAGAACAUUAACAAUGAUAAUGAUUCAUCCAUUUUUAAUUUUUCAAGGAGUGCUAUUGAUUAUGCAAUUAAUCAACACCUACCCCCGAUUAAAAUUAUUUGUGAACCUAAAAUAGGUAAUCAAAAAGAAGGUGGUGUUAUUAUUAAAGGUUUAAUUAAAUCGAUUGAACAUGAUUUUAAAGGUGUUAAUCCUAGACAUAAUGAUUUAAUUGGUUUUGAUAGUUGGUAUAUUGAUUUUAAAGGUGAUAUUUGUUGUAUUACAAAUGAUAUUGAAUUAUUUGUUUAUCUUUGUGAUGAUAAUCAUGUUCCAAGCAAGAUUGAAAAUACGAUUAUUUACAUUACUAAACCGAGAAACCUACCUCCACAGAGGUCGGUGAUAAUUAAAAAUGUUCCUAUCUCAUCAAGUUUGGAUGAUAUGAAAGUGGAAAUUAAGAAUAAAUUUAAAUCUAUUUAUUUUGUCGAUGAGGUGUUAGGAACCAAUAAUGGUAGGACAAGAUUUAUAAGAAUUGACUUAUUGAACCAUUUGGAGUACAAACAGAUUCUGAAUGCUGGUGUUAUUUGUAUUGAUGGACAAUGUUUGCACGUACAUGAAUAUCUUGCUCCACCUCGAAUUAUGUUCUGCUCUAUGUGUAAUCUCCCGGGCCAUACAAAAAGAAAUUGUAAGUUAUCAUAUGAACGAUGUAAACGUUGUGGUGGUAAUAGGAAAACGGGUGAACAUAAAGAAUGUAAAAUAACCUGUCAUAAUUGUCAGGGUGAUCAUGUUGCUACGGACUUUAGAUGUCCCUUGGUUCAUUCAUAUCGUAAAGAACUUAUUCAAUAUCUCCGUCUACAUCCAGAAGUAUUUCCAAAUGAUACUCAGAUCUUUAUUCCCUCCAACUUUCGUCAAGAGGGUGGUAAAGUAUUAGGUAAACGUAUGAUGGAUAAAAAUCAAGAUUAUUAUUAUUAUAAAUCGUCAAAAAUUAAUCCUGUUCCUGUUUGGCCUUCGCUAUCAUCAAAAUCAACUAUUUAUGAACCUAAUGCUAAUCUAAAUCAUCAGAAUUUAAAUAUAAAGGACCAGCUGAAUCUUAAUGAUUUUUUAGCUCGUAUUGAAAAAGAUUGCAAUGAAGCAAAACAAGAAUAUGAUAGAAGGUUUAAUGAUACAACAACAAAAAUUAAUAUGUGUUUAAACCAAGUUCAAUCAUUAAUGAACUGCUUCUCGUCAACAAUUCAACGUCAAAAUGAAAUGAUUUACGUAUUAAAAACUUCAUUAAAUGAAUGUCUUGAAAUUAUUAAAAUUACAAAUCAAGCAUUAUGUUUAUUAUUAGAUAAAACCGGUGAACAACAAUAUAAAGAUAUGAUUCAACAAAUAUCUGCUAUACCUUUAGAAGAUCGACAAACAUCUAUUAACAAGUUUUUCUCUGCUUAUUCACCAUUAAUUGAUGAAAUUACAAUGAAGAUUAUGGAUGCAACGGAAAAGCUGCAUAUUCAUAAUGGAUAA